GCAGUAAGACCUAUACUGCCAAGAUGAAGCGGCUGGUCCUUAUAACAUGUUACAUUUUGCUUGUCACUGGAUUGCAAAGAGUUCCUCUGAAAAGACACAAAUCUUUGCGGAGUAUUUUGAGGGAACGUGGUGAACUGUCUCAAUUCUGGAAAAGUUACAAGGUGGACAACAUCCAAUACACCCAGGACUGCUCUGCUUUCCAGGAAAUUAAUGAGCCACUCCUCAACUAUUUUGAUGUGGAGUAUUUUGGAGAGAUCUCUAUUGGCACUCCUCCUCAGAAUUUCACAGUGCUUUUUGACACUGGUUCCUCCAACUUAUGGGUACCAUCGGUUUACUGUUCCAGCAAAGCUUGUGUUGAGCACUCCAGAUUUCACCCCACAGAAUCCAGCACCUACAAUGAAGUUGGAACAUCUUUUUCCAUUCGUUAUGGAACCGGUAGCUUGACCGGAAUAAUUGGCAUGGAUUCAGUGACUGUUGAAGGAAUCACUGUAACCAAUCAGCAGUUUGCAGAGAGUGUUUCUGAGCCUGGAAACACCUUUCUGGAUUCUGAAUUUGAUGGGAUCCUUGGUUUGGCUUACCCAUCUCUGGCAGUGGAUGGAGUCACACCAGUCUUUGAUAAUAUGAUGGCCCAAAACCUGGUGGAAUUACCUUUAUUCUCUGUUUACUUAAGCAGGAACCCAGAUUCUUCCAUAGGAGGGGAGUUGAUUUUUGGUGGCUAUGACCCUUCCCUUUUCAGUGGAAACCUCAACUGGAUACCAGUCUCUAAAAAAGGAUACUGGCAGAUCCAACUGGAUAAUAUCCAGGUGGGAGGGACAAUUGCAUUUUGUGCAGAAGGCUGCCAGGCUAUCGUGGACACGGGGACCUCUCUCAUCACAGGUCCACCUGAUGAGAUAAAGAAAAUGCAAAACUUAAUUGGUGCACAACCUGUAGAUGGAGAAUAUGCUGUUGAAUGUAGCAACCUCAAUAUGAUGCCUACUGUUACUUUCACCCUCAAUGGGAUUCCUUUCUCUCUUACUCCAGAGGCAUAUACCCUCAUGAAUAGCGAUGGGAUGCAGCUGUGCUCCAGCGGUUUCCAGGCCCUGAACAUGCAAACCCCAGAAGGGCCACUUUGGAUUCUGGGGGAUGUUUUUAUUGGCCAGUAUUAUUCUGUCUUUGACCGGGGAAAUGACAGAGUGGGGUUGGCACCUCUUGUUCCUCCAACAGCUGGAUGAUACCAUAAUUGAGCCCCAGGUCUUCUCCCUCUGAGCAACUUU